GGCAGAGAUAGAUAUCUACAAAGGAAGUGACGUUUCUAACUCAACUUUAGGUUCUUCAGGAAGACAGAACGCCGAGCGUGUGUCUAACAAGCAAACGAUUAGAAUCGACGGUCCACUUGGUCACGUGUUCACGUCUGGAGAGAACGACGCCAUGAUCGUCCAUUACCGCACCAUCUCGCUUAUAAUUCUCGUCGGACUCGCAACGACUGCAUUGCUCAACACUCUGUCUACAAAAUACAGUCGAGAAUUCGUCGCUCAAGCGACUAGUAUUCGUUUAUCUAGAGCUACGACCUCUAGCGGCAGCGCAAUACCACAGGGGAGUACUAAAGCUUCUGUGCUCAGCAAUACAUCACGUCGGACUACUGGUGAUGUGUGUAAACAUGCCGAACGCGCAUCUGCUAAUAGAAUGAGAUAUUUGAAGUUGCAUCCGCCGUCGUUUGCGACGACAAGAGAGAUGUUCAGACCCGUCAAGCGACUGCUCUUUUUUAUUGGCCCGGCGAGAAGCGGCUCGACCCUGAUGGGAAGGCUACUGGAUGCUCAUCCACACAUUACAGUAACCAACGAGUUUGAUUUAUUCACUCGCUGGCCAUCCGAGCCUAAGCUGUGGGACAAAAAGAAACUCUUCACUAAUUUGUACAAAGAAAGUGCCAUCGCAGCAUGGCUAGGCAUGAAAGCACUCAACCAACAAAAAUACAGAGGAUGUUUUACCGCAUACAUCAGAGUCCCUUACCAAUGGCAAGGCAAGUGUGAUGGCUACUUGGAAGUAAUCGGCGAUAAGAAAGCACAAGCCACUCUAAGAGCAAUUCAGGCUAACAGUAAGAUUGUUGAUGAGAUACAGUCAAAAUUGGGACUUCCGAUGUCGUUCAUUUACCCUCUUCGACAUCCGUUGGAUAUGGUCGCUACGCACGUAUUACGAGAGACUGGCAAGUAUGAAACGUACAGUCACACAAACAAACAGCUCUACAACUUACCAAAAUUGAAAUCAGCUAUUCAUCACUUCAACAACUUAACUAAGGCCAUCCAGGACUGGAUGGAUUCGAAAAUGUUGGACAUACUGCCUGUGCACAACGAUGACUUGAUCUAUGAUACUAAACGAACAUUGGAAACUGUGUGUGGGUUUUUGAACGUCACAUGCACGUCAGACUACAUCGGAAACUGUGGCAAGGUUAUUUACAAGGAGAGUUCGAGAACGCGCGACAACGUCUACUGGCCGCCUGAUCUCAAACAGCAACUGCUUAGUAUAGUCAAACAGUACAAAAUUCUUGCAAGAUAUGAAAAAGAUUUCUAAUUGUUACACUUGCCUGUAACAUACUACCUAUACUACACCUGUACUAUAUAAAAUUCGUCAACUGAA